UCAAUGCAAGACCACACACACACACACACUAGUGACUCAGCAACCGACUCUCACUCUACAAUCUGAAGUGAAACUCUCCACACAGACACCAUUGCAUAUAAACAACUUAGAGCUUGCUUCAAAAUAACUCGCUUAUAAAUAGCCCACCGACUAUCCAAACGGGGAUUUCCUUUGAUACCCAGUGCACAGCAGUGAUUGUGCAACAACCGAAGAGCUGCAGACCAGACGUUGAGAGAAGAAGGACAUUUAGAAGACGACAGCAAGAUCCAGAAAAUUACCGUAAUGUCAGACGAUCAGCCCUCUUCACCCUCCAGUGACUCCUUGUGCCCAGGCUGCCAGGGUGAAGGGUCGCUCCUGCUGCCCUGCGGACACACUCUGUGCCAGGCUUGCCUUCAGCUGUGCCAGGAUGAGCUCGGGCAGGACCGUCCAGGCUGUACGGAGUGCUACGGGCGUGAGCUGCUGGACAGCGUGCUGAAGGGGCUCCUCGACUCGCUGUUUCAAGGGCAGCCGCGGCGGGUGGGAAACGGGGUGGAGGGCGGAGAGGCGGCGGAGGAUGAAGACCUGUGCAGACAGCAUAGAGAGAGACUGACUCAGUACUGUAUGGAGGACGAGGAGCUGAUCUGUGAUCAGUGUCAGGGCGAGGAACAUGAAGAUCACGAGUGCAGCUCCAUAGAGGAGGCCACACAAGAGUGUAAGAGGGAGUUGAGAGCAGCUCUCAGACCCCUGCAGGAGAAACUGGAGAUGUUAAAUACAGCCAAGCAAACCUGCCAGGAAACUUCAGAACACAUCAGGAGACAGGCCCAGAACACAGUGCGUCUGAUAAAGGAGAACUUUGAAAAGCUCCACCAGUUCCUGCAUGAUGAGGAGAUCUCAGUGCUGAGAGCCCUGAGUGAGGAAGAGGAGCAGAAGAGCCAGAAGAUGAAGGAAAAGAUGGACAAACUAACAGACGAGAUCAUGACUUUAAGAGAAGCCAUUAGUUCCACAGAAGAGGCCAUGAGCGCUGAUGACAUGGCGUUUCUCAAGAACUACAAGAAGACUUCAGAACGGACGGACUGCACCGUUCAGGAUCCAGUGGAAAUUUCAAGAGCUUUGGUUGAUGUGGCCAAACACAUCGGUUCACUCAAGUUCAGAGUAUGGGAGAAGAUGCAGUCCGCUGUAACAUACACCCCCGUAAUUUUCGACCCCAACACCGCAGACGUCUGCGUCACUCUGUCCGAUGACCUCACCACCAUCCGCUACACCGAAGAAGACCAGCAGGUCCCGGACAACCCCGAGCGCUUCUGCUUCUACGAGUGCGUCCUGGGCUCCGAGGGCUUCAGCUCAGGCCGGCACAGCUGGGACGUGGAGGUGGGCGACUGCAGCGAAUGGGCGCUCGGGGUGGUAAAAGAAAGCGUGCAGCGUAAAGAGUGGUUCCCACCGAGUCCCGAGCGCGGCAUGUGGACCAUCUGCCUGUAUGGAGGAGAGUACCGCGCACGGACGGCCACCAGCGCUCCUCUGAUGCUCAAGAAGAAACCUCAGAAGAUACGGGUUCAGCUCGACUGGGAGGCCGGAAGAGUGAUGUUCUCGGACGCCGGUGACAACUCAAUGCUGUACAAGUAUAAGCACAAGUUUACGGAAAAAGUGUUUCCAUAUUUCUCCAAUACAUGUAAGAGACAUCCACUGCAUAUUUUAGCAGAGAAGGUGUCGGUGUACACGGAGUAACUCAACAGACAUUUCAUUACUGACAUUUUUCUGCGUUGGAAGGACUGAACUAGUAUGAGAAUGACUUAAAGGGAUAGUUCACAAAAAAUGACAAUUCUGUCAUCAUUUACUUACCUAAAGUUGCUCCAAACCUGUAUGAAUUUUUAUGCUGAACACAAAAGAAGAUAGUUGGAAGAAUGUGGUUAUUAUUUUGUUUUGUUUUGUUUUGUUUUAUGUUAUUUUAUUUUUUGUUUAAUUUAAUUAAAUUAAUUAAUUUAUUUAUUUGUUUAUUUCAGGUAACAAUUUCCAUUUUUGGAUGGACUAUCCUUUUAACAAGGACUAUCAGUUUCCUUUUUAUUUAUUUUAUUUUAUUUUAUUUUAUUAUCUUAUUUUAUUUUAUUUUUUCAGGCAACAGUUUUCAUUUUGGUUGAACUAUCCUUUUUAACAAGCAUAUUUUAUUUAUUUUGUUUUAUUUCAUUUUAUCAGGUAUCGUUUACCAAGCUUAUUAUUUUAUUUUAUUCAAUUUUGUCAGGUAACAAUUUCCAUUUUUUGGUGAACUAUCCUUUUAACAAGCUUAUUUUAUUUUAUUUUAUUUAUUUUAUUUUAUUUUUUUCAGGUAACAAUUUCCAUUUUUGGGUGAACUAUCCUUUUAACAAUCUUAUUUUAUUUUAUUUUAUUUUAUUUUAUUUUAUUUAUUUUUUUCAGGUAACAAUUUCCAUUUUUGGGUGAAUUAUCCUUUUAACAAGCUUAUUUAUUUUAUUUUAUUUUAUUUAAUUUAUUUAUUUAUUUAUGUUUCAGGUAACAAUUUCCAUUUUUGGGUAAACUAUCCUUUUAACAAGCUUAUUUUAUUUUAUUUUAUUUUGUUUAUUCAGAUAACAAUUUCUAUUUUUCAGUGAACUAUCCUUUUAACAAGCUUAAUUUAUUUUAUUUUAUUAUUAUUUUAUUUUAUUUUAUUUUAUUUUAUUAUUUUAUUUAUUUAUUUAUUUUUUUAAUUUUUUUUUUCAGGUAAAACUGUUUAUUUUUGAGUCAACUAUCCUUUUAACAAGCUUAAUAUACACUACCUUUUUUUUUUUUUUUUAAGCAAA